GGUUCCUGACUGAUGAAGAAGAAUUGACAGAGCAGCCGUCAAGUGUUAGAUAAUGUUCUAGGUUAUUACAUGUGGGGUUUUUAGGUCCGAUAAUUAACACCUCUGUUUUUUCAGAAUUUAGCAGUAAGAAAUUACUCGUCAUCCAGUUUUUUAUAUUGACUACGCAUUCCGUUAGUUUUGCAAAUUGGUAUAUUUCCCCUGGGCCGCAAAAAAAUAUAGAGUUGAGUAUCAUCAUCAUAAUGUCAGUCCUGUCUUGUGUUUCCCCUCCCCUCGUGCCCAUAUUUGGUUUGUUCCUGUUCCUGUCAUUAUGAGUUCUUUAGUCUCCAGCCGUGUUUGAUUUGUUCCCCACCUGUUACAGUUCUCCUCGUUUGAUUUCGUUCCAUUCAUAAGCCCUGUGUUUCCCUGUCAUCUUGUCGGUUGUUAAUUGUUACUCGUGUGUUCUGCAUUCCUGCUAUUCCAAAUAAAAGUCUAUGUUGGAAGAAACUCCUGGCUCCAGCAGGACCGUGACACAUAACUGUGAAAGCUAACACCAUGUUUCCUAAUAAUAUCUCCCAAGGGUUACAUUGUAAAGCGUGAAAAGUAACAGUCCUAGUACUGAGCCUUGUGGUACUCCAUACUGCACAUCGAUGUCUCUGGUGGAUUUGGGGAAGAAGCUCCUGGAAGCCGCUCGGGCCGGUCAGGACGACGAGGUCCGGAUUCUGAUGGCAAAUGGAGCUCCGUUCACCACUGACUGGCUGGGCACGUCUCCGCUGCAUCUGUCGGCUCAGUUCGGUCAUUACUCCACCACAGAGGUGCUGUUGCGGGCCGGCGUGAGCCGAGACGCCCGCACUAAAGUGGACCGGACGCCGCUACACAUGGCUGCGUCCGAGGGUCACACACGCAUCGUGGAGCUGCUGCUGAAGCACGGCGCGGACGUGAACGCCAAGGACAUGCUGAAGAUGAGCGCGCUGCACUGGGCCGUGGAGCACAGCCACAGAGACGCGGUGGAGCUGCUGCUGCGCUUCGGAGCCGACGUUCACGCGCAGAGCAAGUUCUGCAAAAACGCGCUGGACAUCGCGCUGGACAACAGCAGCCACGAGCUGGCCGAGAUCCUGCAGGUGGCGAUGCAGAACCAGAUCAACACAAACCCCGAGAGUCCGGACACGCUGACCAUCCACACGGCCGCGCCGCAGUUCAUCAUCGGCCCGGGAGGAGUGGUCAACCUCGCCGGACUCGUGUCGCCCGCCAACAGCAGCAAAUCCACAGUCAUGGCCGCAGAGGAGCUGAUCACCGCAGACUCCGUCGACGGGGCCAUACAGCAGGUCAUGAGCUCUGGAGGUCAGCAGGUCAUCACCAUAGUAACAGACGGCAUUCAGCUGGGCAACCUGCAGACGGGCGCAGGCAUCAGCCAGCCCAUAAUAGUCACCAUGCCUGACGGACAGCAGGUGCUGACGGUGUCGGACACAGAGGUGGCAGAGGAGACGGUGAUCAGCGAGGAGCCGUGUGUUAAACGUCAGCGUGUGAAGGAGGAAGAUGACGAUCAGAUGACAGAAACACAAGAUGUUCAGAUCCAGCAGACGCUGUCGCUGGAGGACUUCCAGGAGAAAGUGGCUCUUCUGAAGCAGCUGGAGGAGGCGAACCGCGAGGCGCAGAAAUACAGACAGCAGUUCCUGAAGAAGGAGCAGGAGGCGGAGGCGUACAGACAGAAGCUGGAGGCCAUCACACGGCAGAGCGCCAAGAAAGCUGCGUGAAAACACGCCGGACAUCAGCGCCAUCCGCUUCUGUGACUGGAUUGUUAUCAUUCAUUUCCUUCAGUUCUCCCCAUAAAGCGCCUCAGCUGUGGUGCUCAUGUGGCUGACACGGGUUCGAUUCUGACCCACAUCACCGGUACCCUUCACCAGCCUUUGAAUAAAGAGACAAAAGCCCCUCAGAACCUGAACGAGGAUGUUUAAUUGCGUAGUAAUGUCAGAUUCCAUGAUGCACAGUAAA